AUGCCGGCACACGAUUUGACUAUAGGUGUUGGUUUUGGCACACGCUUUAUACAAGUCAAGGAUACACAGAUAAAAUUACAGAUCUGGGAUACGGCCGGACAAGAAUCGUUUAGAUCUAUAACAAGAAGUUAUUACAGAGGAGCAGCAGGUGCAUUAUUAGUCUCACAUGAAAAUGCUCUGAUAUAUUUUGUGAUAAUGCUAGAUGUACGCCAGCAUGCAAAUCCCGACACGGUCAUCAUGCUUAUCGGCAAUAAAAGUGAUUUAGAAAAGGAUCGACAAGUCAGUCGCGAAGAAGCCGAGAAAUUUGCUCAAGAGAACAAUUUAUACUUUUUGGAAACUUCAGCUAAAUCAGCUGAUAAUGUUGAUAUUGCUUUUAUUAAAACAGCAGAAGAAAUACAAAGAAAGAUUCAAGAAGGGAUCAUUGACUUGAACAGUGAGGCAAAUGGGGUCAAGUUGGGUCAAAGCCAAGGUGGUAACUCUAGCUUACCCUCUGCUAAUUCCUCUUCAAAUGGUGGUGGGUGUUGUUAA